CAAUAAUUUAUUUUGGUUGCGAAGUUUUAGAAAACUUUAGAGCUCCAUAUUGAAAAACCACUUAAUCUACAUAGAGCAUGAUAAUUAAUUGUUCUUAUAUCGUAUUUUUGCAUCAUACUCAUUGCAAACCCACUUGCUAAAUUACCCAGUAACCGCACACCCAUCCAAAAGACUCGAGUUGGAUUAUUUAUUGUAGAGACAGCAAUUUAACUUGCUGUUCAUAUUUGGGUUGUGUGCUCCGCGUUUAUUGUUACCUGGGACUUCCCAGUAGAAACAAAAGCCAACUUUAUGUUGUCCAUCAUGUUAUCGAGGUUUCACCACUAUCACGGCUCUAAUAUUGUUUUAUUCGAGGAUAACACGGUGGCUUAUCGAAAGACUAGUUUUGCUCAUGGUUUAACAUUUAGUGAAAGACCUUUGUUACCAGGGGAAAUAUUCUUGGUGGAAAUUGAAAAAACUGAACGAGGAUGGAGUGGUCAUAUGCGUCUUGGCUUAACUUUACUUGACCCACAAAGUGCUGCAAUGGGUGAGAAAGGUUUGCCUCAAUAUGCUUUACCUGAUCUUGCAAACACAGGUAUGUCAUGGAUAUUCCCUAUAUCGAAGUCACAGAAUAAUGUCCUUAUAGAAUUAAUUAACCAAGGAACAAGUGGGCGUCGAGAUAAUGAACCUAGGGUGUCUAUUUUGGGAGAUUCGCAUAACGUGCACACACCUCGUGGAUAUGUGUCAAAGCACACUCUUCGCCCUCAAACCGUAUCAAAAAAUGGCACCCCACAAGGCAUCUUGCCCAUGGAUGCUGGAAGCCGUAUAGGAAUUAUGUAUGUGCCUUGUCCUAAAAAGAGUAAAGAUGACCCUGAUUUAGCUGAGAUGCACUUUAUAAUAAAUGGUGAAGAACAAGGUCCAUGCACAAAAGCAAUCCCUUACACAACAGGUCCCUUACAUGCUAUUAUAGAUGUGUAUGGCACUACAAAGCAAGUUCGGAUAAUUCAGCUAUAUGGAGUUAAAACUUUGCAAAAUGUAUGCAGAGAUGCAAUACUACAAUUCAUCAGAGGAAACUCAGUUACAUCAUUGCCUCUCCCACAGUGCUUAAAAGAUUUUCUGGUCGCAUAAAAGUUUUAUACAAAAUAGGCUCUUAAUAAUUUGCUUUGAAUUGUAACAUUCCUGGCUUGAGCCAAUAUAUUAUAAUUUGAUUGUAAUUUUAAAGGUGUUUAAGUAUUAUUGAGAAAAAUUGCAGCAUACUUGUGGUAGCUCACCAGAAUUUCAUAUGAUACAUUUGAAAAAGAAAAAGAAAGGUACUGCCAACAUUAUCAUGUUAAUGUGAGGUCAGGACUAAAAUGACCAUUAUGGAAAGUGCCGAUUAUGGAAAUAGUGUUUUUAAAAGGAACAUUAUCUUUAUAUUCUUCUUAAUAUUAAAAAAUAAUCAAAUGAAAUAAAUUCAUAAUCUUUUUU